AUGUGGAAUUACUAUAACGACAAGACCAUCUUUAUCACGGGAGGAACAGGCUUCCUGGGGACGGCUAUCGUAUAUCGGUUGCUCACGCAAACAUCUGUGCGUCAGAUAUACAUGCUGUGCAGAGGGGGGAUAGGGAAACUUCAAUCAAAAUGGACAGCACCACUAUCAUCGGCAAUAGUCGAAAAGCUCUUCAGCACCAAUCGCAUCAUCGUCAUGGAUGGUGAUAUCCUCUCCCCCAAUCUCGGGAUUUCCCCGGACGAAUUAAGCACACUGAGACGAGAGGUCAACGUUAUCAUUCACUCGGCCUCCUCUAUAAACCUUGCCAGGGCCCUCAGUGGACUAUCGGAAGUGAUUACAGGCGCUAGUGAAAGAAUGGCAGACAUUGCUCUGACCUGCCCGAGUUUGGAUCGAUUCGUGUAUGUCUCGACCGCAUACUCCAAUGCCUACCUAUUUGCCACAAGCGAGGGAGUCGAAGUCGAGAUCAAGGAAGACAUCUAUGAUCCCAAUCCCAACCAUCAUCUGGAUGUCCUGAACGAGUGGGCACAGGUCAAAGAGACGGGCUCUAGCGAUGCGUAUGAAGCCCAUAGUUUCCCAUGGGCCUACUCAUACGCAAAGAACUUGACAGAGCGACUUCUUCUCCAUCGGUUCACUCAGAGCGGUGUCAAAGACAAGUUGCUUAUUUUGCGACCUUCUGUCGUUGGACAGGCCCAAAAUUUCCCUUUUCGCGGGUACAGCGUGCCAUCAUCGAGCCCGAUGACUCGACUUGCGGCUUUGAUUGCAUUGCUUCCCAGUGGCAGGGCUACUCUGGCAACGAAAUCAGUGGGCCAAAUUUCUCAAGUGUUUACUGACGUGGUUCCGGUCGACGUGGUUGCUGAUCGUUUGCUCGCCCAUUUGGCUAUGGGGACCAAGGGUUGUGUUCAUGCAGCCAGCGGGAAGCGAAGGCGAGAACUAUUCAUCAAGUGGUGGGAGUCAGCGGUUUCGCUUCGUCGCAUGCCGGGAACCCUUGACUUGGAUUGCAAGAACCUGGACUGGAAGUCUGAGGAGCAGCAUCCUCUGUUUCGGUUCUUUGUAAUCAUGGCGUCUUCAUUCGAAUUUCACGAGGACAAGACUGUCGCUCUUAGCCGACACCCCUCGAUCGAAAGUUGCAAAGAGCUGCAACUAUUCAAUGAGCUCAACUUCCCAGAGCAGUUGCGAAGUCAACCGGAAGACGUCUUCUUUUUGAUGAACCAAAUUGCUGGGAGUGAUGAGAAGGCACGACAAAUCAUCGAACAAUACUAUCAGGAUUCUAUGAAGGCCAAAAUCUAG